ACUUCUGAGAUAUCUGCAAUGUUAAUUUGCUGUAGAGUUUUCUGUCUUUGUACAUUUGUUGAAUUCUUAAGGAUAUGAAUGUCUUGAGGAUCAACAUUAUUUUCUUCGUUAUACUUAUGAAUCCAGGCAUCCUAUUGGACGUAAUCAAUGAAGAUCAAAUAGAAAAUGGUUUCUGUCACAAUGACACUAAAAGAUUACAAGUUUACUUAGACUGUGAUUUAAACUCUACCUCGGUGACGGUUGAAGGUGACUCAAAUUACAUUGCACACUGUAUAAAGUCUCAAAAUGGAAACGUUAGUUGUGCAGAAUCGGGAUUGUAUAAUGAAACAUAUGGAUUUUUGGAAUUUACUUUCACAUUUAACCAUUCAAAGCACGCUGGCAAGUCAAUGUGGAUUAAUUCCACCUGUGUUAAUGGAACUGAUCACAACAAAAAUAUCACUCUAUUUCCUUGUCUUUCAGGUUUUACGGCGAUAGCAACGUACAAUAAAACACACGUCUUUAUUGUGUGCAAGCAUAUUUUCUUCAACAUGUCAAAGGAGAUAAGCAUUAUAGAUACAUCUAGUGAUGACCGUAUUGAAACAUGCAGGUGGAACGUGAACACAUCAACAACUCAAUGUUUUGUCCAAAAUCACGGACAUCCUUCUGGAAUUGAUGGGUUUAUUUCAAACUGUAAACAAGGGCAAGUUUUCCUUUGCUCUAUGGAUGGGCAAAACGUUAAAAUAACUCCUGAAAAAGUGGUGACAAGUGGUCAAAAAAGUGCAAAGACUCAGGCGAUGAAUGUGCAUUCAACCUAUCAAUAUAUUUUUAUUUUAUGUUUAUUUAUGUUUUGAAACUUAGUUACUAGAAAUAAAUUUAAGCUUUCACCUUUGAAAAA